AUGGCCACGACCGGCGCUGACAUCUCCAACAGAGACCUAUUGGCGGUGGUGUUGGACGAGAUAGCGCUCGAAGGUCUGGACGGCAUAACUGUGGACUCGCUGUGGAUGAGACUGUCAGUUCGUAUGACACCAUCCGCGCCAACGGAUCCCACGUUUGACUUGACGUCAGCCGCCGUUCAGGUGUUUGUCUUCGAGCACAUCGUCAAGUCGUUGACAAACGACAGAACCGUUUCGAUGUACUCUUUGCCACAAUCGCGACAACCGAUACGUCUGUACAACCGAUACGAGAGUGUGAACGAAGAGACGGGAACUCUCAUCGAAGACCCGGAUGUCAUCCCCGACGAUGUCUACGGCCCAGUGGUUGCCGUCACCGACCAGGAGGUGAGGGGGUCUUCGCGUGAUUACUACGAGCGCCAGAACGUCACCAAAGAGGUGCUCAACCAGAAUAUGUCGCUCCAAGAGGUGUGCCUCACAUACGGCGCCCAGAGGUUCGUCUUAGUGGCCAAUCAGUCGCAGAGGACGAGGGCUCUGAUGGGCACCUACUGUGACGCCGACAUCGACCUCACGGCCAUCCAGUACUGCAUUCUGGAGCGCAUCGGAAGACACCGUUUUUUGGGCGAAAUAACGGUCGGCAAAGAGUCGGGAGAUUACAGCCACUCCGCGAAGACGCUCUUCUAUUACCGCAAAGUACUGCUGAGGAAGAAGUUGGUCCGCAAGAAGCCGUGCAUUGUGUUCAACGCGAAGAGCGUACAGAACUGUCACGGAUUGGUCUUCACGCUGAGCCGGUUCGCCACCGACGCCCAGACGCCCACCGAAAUGAACGCCCAGAAAGUGAGCGAUUUGUUGGCGACGGCGCCGGACGGCCGACUCGACUACGACUUCGUGCGCUCGCAGUUGGUGUUCAGCAAAGCGCGACAUUUCCGCGACCUUAUGGCCAACUAUUGCGGCAAUUUUCAGGUCAUACACACCGACACCGAGUCGCCCGCGAAAGAGGGGAACAGUAGCUCCGCGGCGUUGAAGCGCACCAUACGUCUGAUUAAACCGAUCGGCGGCGGAGUGGAGGCCGUCGACGACGAAGAGGGCGGCGACGAAGACGACGAGGAGAUGACGAUCGGCGCCGACAAACAGCAGGCGUUCGUCGUGUUCAGCGCCGGCAAGAUUCUGGUGGACCGGCCGCUGAUGUCGCAGGCGUUGGCCGUCAUUGAGUCGCACGAGUCCCAGGAGGGCAUCAGUUUGCGAGAAGUGGGUCACUGUCUGUCGUUACCCAAACUGGAGGCGCGGAGUCUCGUGCGAUACCUCGAGAAAGUGGGCGCCAUAUCGACGGUGAUGGUGGACAGGGGUCGCCAAAAGGUGACGCUCUAUAUACCGAAGUACCGGAGCGGCGACGCGGACGGGGUGUUCAGUCGCGCGCGUCGGUCGCUGUCGGGCGACGCGAACUCGACGGCCAAUAAUCUGCUAAAUCGGGCGAAUAUUAUACUCGAUUGCGUUCAGAAGCAGCGACUCGUGGACCGGAUCUUCACAUUCAAGCAACUGAUCCGCGAAUCCGAGCGCAAGAACGUCCACAAAGUGUGCACCAAAACCGUGGUCCGAGUCGUGCAUAAGUUGGCGGCCGACGGACUCGUGCGGUCCAUCCGAACGAUACUCCGAUAUCAGGAUCAGGUGAAGAAACUACACUUCGUGUGCGUGCCGUCCAUCACACCGGACCACCCGCUCGUCAAAGAGCGCAUCAAUCAGAUUAAGUUCCAGUGGAUCGGCAAAUACUGCGCCGACAUUCAGUCGGACCGCUCGUUCGCCAACACCUACUCGAUGGCGGCCGACAAGAAGUCGUCGUCAAAGAGCGGCAAAAACAAUGCGGUCGUGAAUCUCGUGUACCAGCCGUCCAUCGCCCGGAAGUACGGUUUGGAGCCGAAGCUCAAGAAAAUGCUAACUCUGUACCGGUUUUUGUUUUACUUGACCCACGAUUUCGACAAACAAAACGUACCGAACACUGACUGGCGCUUCAAUAUCGACGCCCUCCCGGAUGGACAGACAUCCAAAGUCUGUACGAUUGGAGACAUCAUCCCACGACUCCCUGUCUCUGUAUUCGUGCGAAUCAUUUGGAUUUCAUUCAUAAUCCCCGACCUCCAGGAGCUGCUCGACGACCCGGUGGCCACACACCUGACGCUGUCGCAGAUAUCGCCGCACUUACGCCAGUGUCUGCUCUAUCGCCGCAAAUUCGCGUUCAAUAUCUGCGAAGCGCUGGUAGGCCUGAGUUAUAUGGGUUUAGUUGAGACCCAAUACAAGGAGCAGACGGAGAAGGAGACGACUGUCAUAACAGUGAGGAAUAAGUACUCUUUGAUCGCAAACAACGUUCAGACGGACUAUGAGUUCAAUACAAUGCGAGAGUUGCGACGGUUUGAGGAGGACUUGGAAAUGCAUUGUUUCGAGCCGUGCGACGACUGCUCGCUCGACAAACGCCUGUUCGCCCACAACCUCCGCAACUGGACCUACACUCCCGCCUAUAAGACGAAGAGCGCGUCGGCCUCCCAUCGACUGCAACGACUGUCCGGUAAUAACGAGGCGAUUGAGGCGACGUCGACGACGACCGGUGCGGACGCGAAGGAGAAUGAGAGCCAACCGAAGGCUAAAAGCAGUAAAAAGCGAAAACGAGACACAAAUAAGACGACGGGCGCUAAGAAAAAGGCCAAAGUUAGCGGUCAGUCGUCCACUCCGACCACCACUAACACUACCGCCGCCACUCCGACCAGUAGUACCUCAUCAACACCGAUGACACCAAACGCCACCAAAAGACAUCGAGCGUACGAUAAGGUGGACCUCAGGGCCAAGAGUUUGCUGAAGAAGCAGAGAACCGAUUGGACGCCCGAAGAGGACUCCUUCCUACUGGUGUGCAAAGUGGCGUCGGCUCUGUUGGACCCCAACUGUGCCACUCAUAUCUGCGUCAACAGGAAUGUGGUUCGCGACGAACUCCACAAAUACUACCCACACGUGUCCGCAGACAAGACGGCGCUCGCCUGUCAGCGACGCAUCAUUUAUAUGCUGAAGAACCCGAAUACCCGACAAAAUGUGUCCGAUUAUAUCGGGGAGUUUAACCAGGAGUUGACAAUCACUCGCCCAGACGUUCCCAAAACCCACGAACAGGUCUGGUCUGAGGCCUACCUCCAAGUGCUGCACCAAAUACUGGCGCGAAUGCAGUCCUCGCACACGACUACCGGAAACAGUCAGACAGUGAUAGCCGUGCACUCCAUGCGAGACCUGUUGUCGAGGUUUAAGAUAAUCCAUUCGCCGACACAUCUGUUGCCCAUCAGAGGCCCACUACACGAAGACCCGCACAAUGUGGUCGACAUUCACGUCAAUGUUGUCACUAAUGUCUUGCUGUCGUCGCUGCUGUCCAAACACUACAUGACUGCCAACACCGCCGGCGCCUCCAAACCGGAGGCCAAUGUGUUCGCGCAGACACUGUUCCGCAUAUAUCACAGAUAUCCGGACAGUUUGAUCCGAUCGGUGGCCACAAAACUCGGCAAAUAUGGGUUUAUGACGAAAGCGAGGAAAACGAUCGACUUGUCGACCAUUAAGUCGAAGGGAAGCACUCCAUACAGGAUAUCACAAAACUUUCUGUUUUUACUGCAAACCAAAUACUAUUUGGAAAGCCUUUUGUCGGAACAGCGACUCGAGUCGGACACCAUUUGCGUAAAAGAGGGAAAAACGAGUUUCGAGGCGGCGAUCGUCUCGUCUCUGUUCGCCUCGAAGGCCGUCCGCUUUUAUACACACAUUCCCGACAACGUGGUUGAGCUCCAGAACGACUGUCCCCUGUAUAAGACGGCGCGCAAUGCCGUGACGAACCCGAAGGACCCGCGAACCUCAUCCCGAUAUGCGCUCCACUUAUUGAGACAACACAUGAACACCAAUCAGAGCGACCGCACGAAGCAUUCGGCGGACUAUCUGUUUGUCAAUCAGUGCCGCAUCACAUCCGUGGCCACCAAUGACUUCGAUGUCGAUCUCCAAGACUUCGAUCGUCUCUUCAAAGCACAGCAACAGUUGUUUGCGAAUGAGUUGAAUGCCGUUCCGUUGACCGACGGCUCCGUCACCGACAGACAACUCGUGGCUUACAUUCAGUCGAAGCGAGAAUUAGGCGCUUCUGAGGACGAGUUGCUGUGUUUUCAGCCGAAGGACUCGCUCUUAGAUUCGCUGUCGAGACUCAAUGAGAGGCAACUGGUGUUCAGAGUGGGUGUCCGUCGAUUCGCGUGGGUUUCCGUGGAUUGGGUGCAGCCAUGGCUCGUCCACUCGCAGGUCUCGCCACCCGCUAUCCAAUUGGCCGCAAAUACCGGCGCUGAGAGUCAAUCCGUUAAGUACUUCGCCCGCUAUUGGAAGCAACCGAACGGAACCGUUGACAACAAAGUGGUCUUUAAGUUCUUGAGCGGAGUGUUGGGACACAUAAUGACAAACCCCUGUCUCCCUCAACAAAAGCUCAUUGAGUUCUUCAGCCAAACCCUACAACCGGUCCAACUCUUGGAGAUAAUAGAGCUCUUGAAGGCUGCCCUCUGUGUGGAGGCCAUCGAAUCCAAACGACUUCUGGAGCCGACAUUAUUCGCACCAAAAGUCCAGUUCUCGAGCGACGAGAAGAUCAUUCACUUCAUGGAAUGGUAUUCAAGCGAUUGGACGCAAAAGAGGUGGAGCCGUGGUUAUCGUGCAACGAGUGCCCUCCGAGGGAAAGGGGUGGGUGUGGGUCAGGAGUGCUGGGAGUCUAGACAGUCGGGGAGGUCAGUGACUACUGGUCUGGGAGUCUGGACAGUCCGACUGAGCCGAGGUUCGGAGGGCACGGGAGGUGGCGGUCGAUGCGAGAAGACAUCAGAGGAAGUGAUCAAAGAGUGA